GAGGGAGCUAAAACAUAGCCGAAAGGCUAAAAUCACUACUGUUUGUAAUUUAAGAUUCCCUCCUGGAAAAGAUAAAAGAUGAAAAUAUCGCAAUACUCUGGAAUCUCCAAACCACUACCUCUGGCAUCUCAACAAAGCUGCCUUACUCUCUUAGCUGGACGACACACCGAAUCCGGUCGUUGUCAAGGGCACAUUGUUCGCCUCCGAGUCCUCCGCGCAUUGUUUUCAGAAGGCAGCAAUCGGAAGAUGCUGUGGCUGGGAGUGAUCUUUGUAAUUUGCAUGGUGGACGGGCAAGGUCAUUCCGCCCCUAACUGUGGGUCCCUGAGUUCCUGCCCGGGGUACCUCGAACUCGCUCGCCAGAAAGACAACCCUUCGCUGCAAGUUUUCUUCGGUACGGUAUUAGGCAUAAAGUUGCUAGAGUUCACCGAGAAAUGCUGCAAAUCUAUUUUCCCAUCUGAGGAAGAAUGCGGCAUCCCCGAACCGACAGGUCCUCUAACAGACCUUCAGCGGCGUGGUGCAUGGCCCUGGUACGCAGCCCUCAGUCCUCAUCGCGGCGACAAGUUUUGGGUGGUUUGCGGAGGAACACUUAUUACCCGACGCCAUGUUCUCACCGCGGCUCAAUGUUUGGUUAAACGCCAUGAAUUUUCUCCGAAAUACGUCCGCCUUGGUGAAUACGACUUGAAUGUCAAGAACGAAUCCAAUUACAUUGAGCUUGGCUUCACGAGGUAUGAGGAAGCUGGGUUUGACCUCAAUAGAGACAUCGCCAUCAUCACUCUGGAUUCUCUUGUCGAGUUUAACGAUUUCAUACGACCAGCCUGCCUUCCUUUCAACUACGGAGAUGAGGACUUUGUGAACCAGCAUCUCGCCGUCGUUGGAUAUGGCAUCACUUCGGAUGGCAAUACAUCUCAUGUGCCUGUGGCCGCAGUGGUUCCGGUGGUUGACUUGGCUACAUGCAAACGAAAGUAUCAUAAUAAUUAUCGAAUCACGGAUUCUGUGAUAUGCGCAGGAAGUGGUAACGAUGCAUGCUGGGUGAGUUGAAUAUUUGUUUGUAUUCAUAGCGUGUAAAUAAUUCUUUAUACUAUUUUAAGUAAAUAAAUGAAUAAGGAAAACAUAUAAACUGCACUUGGACCUGGUACACCCCCUGUUCGGUUCCCAGUAAAAUUCGUACUAUGUGUUUGUUUACAUUCUCGUAUUACAGAUUGAAUGGAGCUUCAGAUAAAAAUCGUGAACUCACUGAAGCAUUGCGCAGAAAAUAUGUUAAUCUAUUUCUCAUAUGCAAAACAUCUGGAUCACUCUAUCGUUUAGAGUAGCCA